GCCCAAUUGACUUUGUAUAACUUCACCAGAUAUCCUCGGAUUCAGGCUUGAAUCACUCCCAUGGACUACCCUGACCUUCCAUCCCUUUCACAACAACCAAACAAGAUGACGUCAACCACUAGCGUCCAGAACAUGUUCUCCCUCGAGGGCCACACUGCCCUCAUCACCGGAGCCACGCGAGGCAUUGGUCAAGCCGUGGCCAUUGCCCUUGCCGAGGCCGGCGCCGAUAUUCUUCUCGUCCAGCGAGACGAAACCUCCACCACCACCCUCCAAGCCAUCCAAUCCCUCGGCCGCCACGCGCAAAUCUACAAAGCCGACCUCUCCUCCCCCACCGACGUCUCUUCUUUAGUGCCACGCAUCCUCUCCGACGGGCACACCAUCCGCAUCCUGGUCAACUGCGCCGGCAUCCAACGUCGACACCCUUCCCACCUGUUUCCCGACUCCGACUUUGCCGAAGUGAUGCAAGUCAACCUCAACGCCGUCUUCACUCUAUGUCGGGACGUGGGCGCGCACAUGCUGGGUCUCGACCCCCACCCCGUCACCAGACGCAAGGGGUCCGUGAUCAACUUUGCCAGCUUGUUGACGUUCCAAGGGGGGUUAACGGUGCCGGCGUAUGCGGCGAGUAAGGGAGCCGUUGGGCAACUGACCAAGAGCUUUGCGAAUGAAUGGACGAGUAAAGGCGUGACGGUGAAUGCGAUUGCGCCGGGGUAUAUUGAGACGGAGAUGAACGAGGCGUUGUUGAAAGAUGAGGAGAGGUUGAAGAGUAUUAGUGCGAGGAUUCCGGCUGGGAGGUGGGGAAGUCCGGAAGAUUUCAAGGGAACGGCUGUGUAUCUGGCCAGUAAGGCGAGUGGUUACGUGAGCGGACAUGUGCUGGUUGUUGAUGGUGGGUGGAUGGGACGGUAAGUGAGAAGAGACUGUAAUCAAUAAUGAUGGGACGGAUAGGAAAAUAGCAUGAUGAUAUUUUGUUGCCUUCUUAAAAGCGACUAACUAAAAUGUUGCGUUGUUCGGUUUGCUUGCAAGAUCAAAACAUUCGGC